AUGGCCGGUUACAUACCAGGGCAGAGCGAACUCGCCACCCGCCGCUCCGUUCCAGGCCAAAAGGUUGCUGCUGCACCCGCCUGCCUGCCACACGUCGUCGGGCCUCCGGAGCCGUCCAUCGCAGAGACGAAAGGCAAGGAACGGCCAGCUUCGCUCGCAAACGGACCUCCCUCUUCCCCCCUCUACCUGCGUGCCGUUCAGAAUCCUGGAUCCGCUGAUCACACUGUCUCACACUCCCCCACACCGACACUGAGACAUGCUGCACAGCCCAACAACGGUCGCGUGUUUAACUCCCGAGAGAGAAAAAAUAAACAAAAUAUAAAAUAA